UCACUUGUCAUUUUUAUUAGAAAUUUUUUUUUUCUAAAGACCAUGAUGCCAUAUAUGUCAAGCUCUCACUUAUUGUACCAAAACGAAAGGCCACCAUACACUACCCAUUCAAAUCCAUCCCACCAACUCACAUCUAGAAGCAAUUAUAAAGUUCAACUCUCUCUCUCUCUACCUCUACGCCUCUAUCAUCUAGAAGCAAUUGUAUACAAUCUAUGUAUAUGUAUCGCUCUACAGCUUUAAGUCAAAACCUUAUAUAAACUAUACACCAAAGCUUUGAACCUUCAACCAAACCCAAAAUCCAAGUGCCCCACCAAAUGCCUUAAUCAUCUUCCACUACAAAAAAAAAAACAAGUUAGUCCCUUUUAGCCAAAACCCUCGCUAAAAGCCAAUUCCCAGUAUACAUAUAAAGUAACAUAAACACACUUGAUUAAUUCAUACCUCUUUAUAUUUAUAUAUGCAAGAUUUUCAUAUCAAGAAAUAAUAAGAUCUAAACACAGAAAACAGAAAGAAAAAGUAUGGGAAGGUCACCAUGUUGUGAGAAAGCUCACACAAACAAAGGAGCAUGGACGAAAGAAGAGGACGAGAGGCUCACAGCAUACAUCAAAGCUCAUGGCGAAGGCUGCUGGAGAUCUCUCCCCAAAGCCGCCGGCCUUCUUCGGUGUGGCAAAAGCUGCCGUCUCCGGUGGAUCAACUAUCUCCGGCCUGACCUAAAGCGUGGAAACUUCACCGAGGACGAGGACGAGCUCAUCAUCAAGCUCCAUAGCCUUCUUGGAAACAAAUGGUCGCUUAUUGCCGGGAGAUUACCGGGAAGAACAGAUAACGAGAUAAAGAAUUAUUGGAACACACAUAUACGAAGAAAGCUUAUAAACAGAGGGAUUGAUCCAACGACUCAUAGACCAGUCCAAGAAUCAUCAUCAGCUUCUCAAGAUUCUAAACCUACACAACUAAUAGAAGCAAUAACGAGUAACAACACCAUUAACAUAUCUUUCACUUCUACUCCAAAGAUGGAAAGCACAAGCUGUUUUCAAGUAAAACCAGAGAAAAUCUCAAUGCUUACGUUCAAAGAGGAAAAAGACGAGUUCCUAACUGAAGAGAAGUUGCCAGAUUUGAAUCUUGAGCUCAGAAUCAGUCUUCCUGAUGUUGUUGAGGGAAAGUCAACAAGGGCCCGUUGUUUCCGGUGCAGUUUAGGGAUGAUAAACGGCAUGGAGUGCAGAUGCGGAAGCAUAAGAUGCGAUGUAGUUGGAGGUAGCAGCGGCAGUACUGGCAAUGGGGGUGACAUCAGCCACGGAUUCGAUUUCUUAGGGUUGGCAACGAAAGAGACUACUACUACUUCUCUUUUAGGUUUUCGAAGCUUGGAGAUGAUAUAAUAUUAAUGUCAAAUUAUGCCAAGUGCGUAACUGUACAAACUUUUUUUGCCUAUAGAAUUAUUUUUAAGGUACACUAUUAUUAUUCAUCAUUCACUCUGUAUGAAUUUUUUUACUGUUGGAUUUUAAACUACACAUAGAACAUAUUUCUUACUCAA